AUGGACAACCUGCUCUUCACCAACCUGCAGGCCAGGCUCAGCAUCUACAAGAAGAUCAGAGACAGCAACGGCCCAAGUGGCAGCCGGUGCCGGGGGGAAACAGCAGCGGUGUGGUGCUCCGAGUGCGAGUUCCUCUGCACCAAGUGCUUUGAGGACCACCAGUGGUUCUUCAAGAAGAGGAGCCACGAGGCCAGGAAGGUGGAGGAGCUUCGUGCUGAGUCAGCCCAUCAGUUCCUGGAAGACACUAGAAAGUCCUGCAACCUUUUUUGCUCCCGUCCAGGUCAUGCCGACCAGGGCCAAAUUUCCAGCAUCUACUGCAAGAAGUGUGAGAAGGCGCUGUGCUGCUCAUGCGCGCUGCUGGACAGCCAGCAUGCCCCCUUCUGCGACAUCCGCAGCGAGACCCAGCGCAGGCAGGAGGAACUGGGCACCAUGAGCCAGGAGCUGAAGCCGAAGAGAAAGCGGGGCCGCCAGGAGCUGCAGCGCAUGGCGGGAGUGCUGCGGCGGAUGGAGGCAAGCGAGCGGCUGGUGGAGAAGAUGAGGCUCUACGCCACAGAGCGGGAGGUGAUGGACAUGCAGCCCUUCAUCAAGAACUCGCUGGAGCAGCUGCAGCAGCUGCAGCCACCAGCAGCCAAGGACCGAGCGCAGCCUGGGAACUUUGCUGAGUGCAGAGCCAGGCUGCAGGCGCUGGUGGAGCGUGUCAUGGGGCACCCAGGUACUAAUUCCCAAGCUGUCCCCGCAGUCGAGGUGGCCCUGGAGAAGAACCCGCAAGGGGAGUCUGUCCAGCCUGAGAGCCAGACCAUCUUGCCCACCUUCACCAUCAGCCUUGGGGAGAUGCAGAUGAGCCCGGCUGUCACUGACACUGCAUGGCCCAGGCGAAGGUUGCACUGUGUGGAAAAGGGCAGCCAGGUCUCACCCAAGGUACUGAAGCUGGAGUGUGACAACAUGCCGGACCCCAGCGAUCCCAGUUCAAACCAGUGGGAUGGCAAAAAGGGGCCCAGCACCUCCAUGCCGGGCCAGAACUGCAGCAGCAUCCCUGCCGCCAGAAGCCGCAUUGAUGAUCCAGAAGACACCAGCAUUAUCAUCUCCAGCUCAGAGGACAGCGAGGAAGACAUGGCGGCUUCCAGCAAGCCCAAGGACAGCAAGAAGCCCUCCAGCCCUACGUGGUCCGGGAGCGGCACCUCACCCCACCACAGCACUGGCCCCACCAGCCCCUGCAAUGACAGGUCAGAGCUGAGCACCUUGGUGUUCCUCAGCUUGAAGGUUGAUCACAAAACCCAGCACAUCAUGGAGGUGGCAGCGGCAAACGGAAAGGACACCUUCAAGACGAUGAUUCAAACGCCCGAGUCAAUACUGGCGCUGUUCUCCCAGGGUGUCCCCAUGGAGGUGGGGAUGCAGCACCUCCUCUGGUACCUCUCCUCCUUGCCCAGGCCCGUCCUCAUCGUCUAUAACUUCUGGGGACCGGAGCUGCCUACUCUCUUUAAAGCCCUGGAUGCCACAGACAGAAAAGUGGACUUCUGCCACAUUGCAGCUGGUUACGUGGAUAUGUUGUCCUUGAUCAAAGAAAAGCUGCCCGAGGCCCCUUCCUACAAGCUGCAGAACCUGCUGAGAAGGCACCUGCAGCAGCAGCUCAAUGAGGGCAGCGCUCUGACCACAGCCAAGGCCUUGCAAGAGCUUUGGGAAGCCCUGAAGCUCCCUGCCUGCAUUGAUGCGGGGAUCAUGCUCACCCACUGCAACCUGCAGAGCUACACCAUCCUGCGGCCCCUGGUGCAGGAGAAGCUGCUCACCAGGAGGGCGCUCAAGAUCCUAGCCCGACGCAACCUCAUCCUCUGGGAGCUGGAACAGGCAUGA